AUGGAUCACUUAAUAUUGGAUAAAAUAUGGUAUAAGAUAACAAAUGAUUCUCAGAGUGAGUAUAUUUUAGGAUCACAGCUGGCUGAUUUUAUAAGAGAAUUAAAUAAGUCAACCGAUUCCGUUAUUAUAACAUCAGAUCAAAUCGAUUCGGUUAAUAAUUUUAGCUUAAGUAAUCCAGAUAUUAAAAUUUAUAAAUUUGCUAUCGAUGAAUUUCUAAGUAAUUUGAUUGGUUUUAAAUUUAGUCAACCUGUGGAAGCAGUAACUGACAAUAAAGAAAAAAAUACUUCAAGGACAGAAUUUAAUAAAGGUUCAAUUUUAAAUGAUAUAAAUUAUGAUAAUAUUAAAGGCCAAAAGAAGUCAGAAGAACUAGAGAAAGUAGAGAGCAUUGAAAGUGAUGACUUACAAGAAGAGAUAGAAAAUUAUAAGAAUAAGUAUGAUAUUCUUCGGAAGGAAUUUGAGUUUUAUAAGAGGAAACAAACCUUAAAUCAAAAAAUACCAACUAGUGAAUUGAAUAUAGAUUAUGAAUAUACUGUUAAUGAAUUUAAGAGACAAAUUGAAGAACAACGAAAGAUAAUGUUAAAUAUAUCACAGAAUAUUGAAAAUAGACAUAAUGAUUAUAAGAAUAACAAUAAUUACAACACCCAUACCAACAAAAUUGCAGAAACAAGCAGGAAUAUAGAUAAUAGCAAAAGAGAUAAUGAAGUGAGGAAAGAUAUAAGUGUUAUUAGAUAUCUUUACCAAUUUGGACAAAUUCUACUGGUUUUUAUAAUUGCAAUAAUAUUUUCCUCAAUAUUAUCUAAAAUUGUUUUUCCAUUGGCUAAUAGUAAACAGAAAGAUAAUUUUAAUUUAUAUGAGAAUAACAUGGAUAUGUUUGAUAUGUCUUUUCAAGUAGAUCCAUGGUGGACUAAAUUCAAUACACUUAGUCAUUUAAUCUAUAAGUUUCAAGAUUGGUAUAAUGAUGAUAACUAUGAUGUUGUUGAUGAUAUACGAUCCACGGAUAGUGGUAUAAAUGCCGUGUACGAUGAAGUAUUCGGUAUAAAGAACAUUAACUGA